AUGGAGCGCCGAAAGGCCGAGCCCGGUGACCUCCUACGGCUUGUCGAGAUCACAGUGAUCUCUAUGCCAGACGAUGUUACUUACUUAUAUGAGUGGCCACUCCACUCCAUAUACCCGGGGGUUAUGGAGUCGAUCUGGGAGUUCAGGCUCAAGAAGUUGCUCUCCAAGUGUCACGUUAUCGUGGAAAACGGGAACGUAAUUGCGUUCGCCAUCUGGACCCAGGAGAGCCACUUUCCUGCCGAGCAGCGAGAUGAAUGUCCCCCGGAGGACCUCGCCGAAAAAUUCAAGCUCGUCGGCUCCCGAACGGACGUCUUCGAAAAAGGCCAGCGCGUGGAUCCGGGACAGGAUCAAGGACGCCGGCAUUCAAGAAUGGUUCACCAUGCACCUGCUCGUAACAGAUCGUCCCUUUCGUUGCCGCGGCGCUGCAGCGAUGCUCCUUGA